UAAGCAUUUUCUCUCUCUAUCUCCUCUAUUCGUUUCCCACGUUUGGACAGUGCAGCGAAUCUUAGGCAGAGCUUUGCUUAUCGGCGAGGGAGGAAGAAGAAGAAGAAGAAACGGAAGUCGAGGAAAUGGAAAGAAAUGUGCUACUAAUCUGCUCUGUAGUUGGAUUCCUAGGGAUAUUAUCUGCUGUUACCGGAUUUGCUGCUGAAGCCACGAGGAUUAAGGGUUCUCAAGUUGAAUUCACUUCACCUUCAGAAUGUGUAUACCCCAGGAGUCCCGCACUGGGCCUUGGAUUGACUGCAGCUGUAGCUCUCAUGGUUGCUCAAAUUGUUGUGAAUGUUGCAACUGGAUGUAUUUGUUGCAGAAAAGGUCCACAUCAGUCGAACUCUAACUGGACAUUGGCGCUCGUUUGUUUUGUUGUUUCCUGGUUCACAUUUGUCAUAGCAUUUCUGCUUCUGCUUACGGGUGCAGCACUGAAUGAACAACAUGGUGAAGAGAACAUGUACUUUGGCAACUACUACUGCUACGUAGUUAAACCUGGAGUUUUUGCCGGAGCUGCUGUCCUGUCCCUUGCAAGUGUUUCUCUCGGGAUGGUCUAUUAUCUCACCCUGAUUUCUGCAAAGAACACAAACGACCCAUGGUGUCCACCGGCUCCUUCGAGUCAAGGUGGCAUUGCAAUGGGGCAACCCCAAUUUCCUCCUCAAACCACUCAGGACCCAGUUUUUGUGCAUGAAGAUACUUACAUGAGGAGGCAACUUGCUUGAUUGUUUAUUGUCAAUAACUCAAUACCACUGCUGUAGUACUACAAGUCUAUAACACUAGCUUAUAUCUAAAUCUCAUGAAUGCAGAGAGCUUUAUUUUUGGAGGAAAUGGAAUUUCUUCCAUUUGGUGAACAUGCCUUGUUUCAUUUAGUUUAAUGUGCUCAUAUGCUCCCAUUGUGAUAUAA